AUGUCGGGAGAUGACAAUAAUUCCUUCGAGUACGCGCCAAAAUCGCCAGACCUGUCGUCUUUUUACUCGGGCGGCCCCACCCAGCCUGCAUCGCAACUCCAUCCGCCGCCUCGCGACGACCAUAAAUUGCACCUGCCCGCCUACGACUACGGGUCCGACCCUUCUUCCUCUUCCUACGCGCCGCCGCCGCCACCCCACGCCGCCAUCCCGGCCCAGCAUCCGCAACAAGUACAACAACUACAACAACAGCAGCAUCAGCAGCAGCAUCAGCAGCAGCACCAGCAGCAGCAGCACCACCACCAUCCGGGGAUCAAGUCCGAGUUCGCGUCGUCGUACUCACCGCCGCAGGUCCAUCACCCGCAUCCGUCCUACCUGCCUCCCGUCUCGCAGCAGCAGCCCGCCUCGCCGUCAUACGUGCUGCAAGGGCCCAACUUUCAGCAGCACUAUCCGGCGCCGUACGGGCAGCCGAGCAGCCACCACUUCGCCGGCCAAACUCUAGAUCAGCCCGGCGCGGGGCUCCAGCAACCCCCGCAGCAAGUGCUCUAUCCUCACGGCUCUGGACCCCUGCCACACCAGGCGCCGUCCCUCAAGCUCGAGCCGGACAUGCCUCCGCGUCGUGCCGCCGCGGCGCCGCCGCCGGCCAUCGAGCCGUCGCCCGUGAGGACAAAGUUUCCCACGGCGAGGAUCAAGAGGAUCAUGCAGGCCGACGAAGAAGUAGGCAAAGUCGCGCAGCAGACGCCCAUUGCCGUGGGCAAGGCCCUCGAGCUCUUUAUGAUCCAGCUAGUGUCCAAGAGCGCCGACGUGGCCAAGGAAAAAGGGUCCAAGCGGGUCACGGCUCCCAUGCUGAAGCAAGUGGUCGAGACCGACGACCAGUGGGACUUUUUGCGCGAGAUUGUCAGCCGCGUCGAGAACGAAAAGGAGGGCUCCAAGUCCAAGGCCAAGGCCGAGGCCGAGAGUGAGAGCGAAGAGGAGUUUUCCGAACCAAAGAGGCGGAGCCGCGCCAGCGGUGGCCGCAAGAAGAGGGCGUGA